ACACCGGCAGUCCCUUCAACCACCACCAGCGGGUUAAGUGUCUUGCCCAAGGACACAACAGCAGCAUUCUCUUGCAGGAGCCGGGACCAAACCUAAAAUCUUCCGAUUACUGGACAACCUGCUCUACCUCCUCACUACUGUCUACCAUACACAAUAGAAAAACAAUAAGAAGCAAAUACAUCCUUUUUCAAGUAAACAACUUUUCUGCUUAUAUCUGCUCAUGUCUCAAAGAAAAGCUUAAAUCUAAUUUGUCCAAUGGUUGACUCCAGAUCUGUUUAAAAUGAGCAAUGUUCCUGAGUCAACACCAUCUUUGUAGUUUAUUCUCCAUUGCAGCUCUGAUGCUUAGCCUGCCCAACAUCUCUCUGAAAACAUAGAGCACUGUUGUAACUGCUGUUGCUGUUUAUUUCUUCAUUUAUUUAUUUUCCCAUUUGUAAGACACUGGGUUGGUUGUGUUUCCUGUAAUUUUAUUUUGAAAAGCUACAUGAGCUGCUCUGCCAGCCACACCCUUAAUUGAUGAACACAAGCCAGGUGUGAGGAACAGACAGAACCUGGAUGAAGUGCUGGCAAGCAGCUAGCUAAGAACGGACUGAGAUCCAAUUCAUUGCCAAAGGAAUAACUAAUGAAAGGACUAAAAGGAAGACAGAUGGAUUCCCUUUGUGUUUUAAGCAAAACAGCCAACGAGGUGUCACCCUGGUGUGACUUUGAGGAGGCUGGGUGGGAGGAGAUAUGCAUACGGAACCACCAGGACCCUAUUAGUGGCUUCUGAAGACCUUUAAACUCACAGAAGACGGUUGUCACUGGAACAGAGUCCACCUCUUCAUGCCUCUGGCUCAACUUUCACUGGGAGGAAAACUGAAACAGACUGAAACACUUGUUUUAUGGUAGAUCUUUAUUUAGUUUCAGUUUGAAUUUUGACAACAUUAAAGAGGCAACUUUGCUAUUUCAGACAAUUGGAGUAGAAGAUCUAGGGCGUAGCUUCUGGAGGAGGUUUCAUCUGUGAUUCUAUACUUUUUUUUUAGAUUGAAUGGUCCUACCUUUUUAACUUAAACGUGAGAAUCCAAGGAUGCGUAGUGUCGUGGCUCUGAGUUUGUUUUUGUUGCUGGUUGAAGCAAAGUACUACAAUUCACUCCAGGGCCAUCAGUACAGUUCUGGAGUCAGUUUGAGUCCACACCAUGAGAAGCCAACCAGCAGACACAAGAACCACUGUGCCUACAUCGUAGAGAAGACGGUGUCUUUAGCUGUGCAAGAUGGGGCAGCUCCAUAUGUCAAAGCUGAGUACAACAAAUGUUCCUGGGGACAGAAAUGUCCCGCUCUUAUGUAUCGUCUGCUCUACAAACCUGUUUACAAGGUGGAACAUCGAACAGUUACAGAGCUGGAGUGGCGUUGUUGUCCUGGGUUCUCUGGUUACAACUGCAUGGAAGGACACCAAGUUUACCAGCAUCCUGAAAGCAUGAUGCCCCUGUUCAAGGGCCCCCCAAUGAAAGGCCCUCAGUUUAAGGGACCACAGCACAAAGAGCCCAUAUUCAAACGUCCCAUGUUCAAGGCUCCACCUGUGAAAGCCAACCCAUGGAGUCAAGCAAAUGGACCUCCCACUGGCAGUUUUAAUUCCUACCCAUUGCCUCACUUUGGGCCACCGAUGUUCUCCUCAUAUCCUGGUUCCUCUUUUGAGCCUUAUCCAUCUGAACCUGAGGCGGUACCAGGUCUCACAGACACCAACUCAGAACCUGAACACGAGCAGAUCCAAGAACCCGAGGAAAUUAUCCCAGAGGAAAUCCCUGCUCCUCCCUCUGGAGGAGAACAACCAGCAGGGGAGACCACAGAUCAAGUUCUCAACACUGAAUUAGAGGAGAGGUUAUAUGGAAUGGAAGAAGACAUACGUCGUUUGAGUCAAGGUCUGGAGACUCUGAGAGGGACUGUGACAGGACUGGAGGACAGUCUGCGAGCCUCACUAAGAGAGGACGCCAACAGGAUGCUGUCAGCGCUGCUCUCUGAUGCUCCUGGCCCCAUCCCUGCUCCAGCUACGGCAGCUAGACCAUCCACUGUAGGGUUUGUGGAAAUUCCCGGGGGGCACCUAGAUACGGAGGGUUUAGAUGGCAGCCAAGUUUUUCCAGGCCUCACUGAAUUGACCAGAAAGGUAGAAGGGCUCAGAACAAAGUUGCAAGACAAGACAGCAGAGCUACAGGAGCUCAAAGUAACAGUGAUGCGACAUGAUGGAGCACUGAAGAAGAUUUCAAAUGGAGCAGGACUGCCGUCAGACUCCAGCAGUGUUGAGGGAAUUGUGGAGAAGUGGAUGGAUGAGCGGCUGAGUGCUGCCAGGGUGGAAAUACUCGGUGGGUUUGAGAAGCGUGUGGAGGGUGCAGAGAGACGAUGUGAGGAGAAAGCUGGGAAUGAGCACCAUCAAUGUCAAAAGGAGAUUCUUCAGCAGCAGGAGAACAUGAGAGAAGCUCUGGAAGAAAGUUCAUCAAAGCUGAGAAAUGAGCUCGGCAACCUUUUGGUGCGGAUCCACAGUCUGGAACCCCCUGAGGAGUGCUGUGACAGAACAGGCGGACUGGUAGAAAGAGUUCAGCAGCUGGAAACAUCCGUGGCAAACCUCAACCAGUCCCAGGGGCACCUGAGAGUGGAGCUUGGUGGCCACAAGGAUCACAUAGAGGGAAUGUUGGAGGGGCGUCUUGGAUAUGUGGAAGCAAAACUCAAUCUGACUGGGAAGAUCAAGUCUGAGAGGAGAAAUGGUGCACCAGGCCAGGGCUUGGAGGCCAGAAUGGAAGGCAAAAUGAAGGCUCUUGAGGGCCGAUUACUAUCAGCUUUGGAGGAACUUGGUAAUGCCACUGCCCCCGCCCUGCUGGAGGGUCACGCUGUUCCAGCUCUGGAGACGGAGCUGGAGUCCCUCAGAGGGAGGCUUGAGCUGGAUAUGGACAGAGUACAAAAACAUCUCAACAGUCUUGAGAUCCUUUGUUCUUCUUCUUGCUCCUCAACACAGGAAUGUGCUUCUCAAAAGGACUCUCCUGUUGAAGGUCAGGAACUUGACCAAAAUGUAAAGGAGGUGUUGGGCAUGCAGGGUGACCAUUUGAAGAGGCUCAACACAACUCUGGAAAAUGUCCUAAGAAACCUGAUCCUCACAGAGAAGCAAGCACAAGCAGGGGGAGAGUCGGGGAUCCAGGAAGAACUAAUGGGCCUAAGGUUCAAUGUCUCAUCAGUCAACCAGACCCUGAGAAGCCUCCAGGACUCCCUGGACUCAGUGGUCCAUCAAGUGGGAGAAGCUAACAGCUCCUGGCAUGAUAGAGAGGUCCGUCUGGCCCAUCAAAUAAAAGGUGUGGUCCAGCUGGUUGGACAUCAGGCGUCCAUGCUCGGGGCAGGCGAGCGCAGGCUGGUACGACUUAGAAGUGAGCUGCAGGAGUUGAAGAGGAGGCUCACUGAGGAGGUCAGAGGGUGCCGGAGCACAGCCAUGGGGGUCAAACAAGAGGUCACUGAGGUUGGAGGGCGUGUGGCCAGCGUGGAGGACCAGUGUAAGGGUCUGAAUUACCUGGCAGAAGAUCUGGAGAGAAUCAGAGAAGAGUUGGAGAAGCCUUCCAACAAUCUCCUCUUGAAAAUCAACGGGACUCUGUCCAGCCACGCUCAGCAGCUGUCUGAGUUGAAAGGAGAACUCAGAAACUGCUCCUCGAAGGAAACACCGACUCAAAGCUCAGCAGCAGCGCGGGGGGACACGUUCACACUGACUUAGCUCAGCUCACAGGGACAAUCUGAUGGUGAAGGGGUAAAUGUUUUACAGCUCUGGUGGGAUCCUACCACAGUCACUUGUGUUUUUAAUCUGAAAUGUAAAGUACAAAGACUUUACACCUGCACUGAAACUGAAUUUUUAUGUCAUAUUAGAUAAAAAGGGCAGCUAAAGGUGACUGCAGAUGUAACAGAGUGCUGAGAAUGAAGGUGCUAAAACAACAGCUCUUGCUUAAACAAGCACAUCUGUGUGACAUUCGUUUGUUUUUAUACUGAUUUUAUGUCCAAACUAGAUCUUAUGUUGAAUAUUGAUCUUAAACUGUACUACUCAAUAAAAUGUUGGAAUUUUGA